AAGAAAAAGAAAAACACAGAGAGAUAAACUCAUGAAAGUCUUUGGAAUAUCUGAAACUGUGAUGACUAAUGGCAUGAGACUUUAAUUCCACAGUUGAAUGAAACAAGAACCUCCAAACGCUCAGAGAAAACAACACCAGCUUGCAUACUCUCUCUCUCUCUCUCCAUCUGAUCAUAUGCUCAUGGAUAGACUAAUCCCUUUAUUUUAGAGUUCUUACUUUUUUAUGUGUACCCGGGGAUCGAUCAUCAUGGCGAUACGUUUGAAUCUGAAGCACGCAGUCAGUAGAUGAAAAUCUUGGAAAAGAGAAGAUUGAAGCACUUAUUCCAUCAAUGAAGUGCAACUUCAAAAUAAACUUGAGGAUGUGAAUUGACAUAGCUAGAAGAACAAUUUUAGCCAUGAGUGAAGGAAUGGAGAUUCAAGACGAUAAAAUGAGUGACAUAAUUGAGGAACAAGUUAAAAAUACAUCAUCAUCAUCAGUGUCUUUGCAAAAGUUUUCAUCCUUUGAUUUGAAUGAAGAAGCCAAUAGCGAAGAGGAAGAUUGUGCCGAUGAGAUGGAUGACUUGAUUAAUCUUGAGGAUGACAAAAAAGGGAAUUCAACCAAUGAUAGCACCUCAGGAGGAGAAGGAAGUGAAAGGAAGAAUACAGUUCGGCAAUAUGUACGAUCAAAGAUGCCUAGGCUCCGAUGGACUCCUGAUCUCCAUCUCUCUUUUGUGCACGCUGUUGAAAGGCUUGGUGGACAAGAGAAAGCGACUCCCAAAUUAGUUCUUCAGUUGAUGAAUGUGAGGGGACUAACCAUUUCCCAUGUAAAAAGUCACUUGCAGAUGUAUCGAAGCAAGAAGCUUGAUGAUUCUGGACAAGUGUUAAGUCAAAAUAAAUCAAUACAAGGACGAGAUCACAUUAAUAGAUUUUUCUACCAAAGAACUAGUCCUCUUCAACAUUUCAAAAUGGAAAAUGGUGCAAUUGUACUAGGGCGGAAUCCCCCUGAAGGUAAUGGUGUUCAAAGUCUUCUGCAGCAUCCCCUUCACCGACAUCCAUUGGAUUUCCAAGCUACUUACUCAAGGCACCAACAAUGGAUUUCUAAUCAGUAUGCUGUGACUAAGCCGAGUUAUCCAAUUAGCAAAGAUGAUGGACAAGGCAGCAAUUUAUUCAAUACAAUGUUCUUGCGAAAUCAAGACCAGUUAUCAUCAACACCAAACCAAAUCCAUGCCACGGAUGUAGGUGUGCGAAAUGGCCCAAUUAAACCUAGCCAAUUUCAUGAAGAAAAGAAGUGGCCACCGCGUAAAAUUGUUCCUAGCAACAAUUCUUGGCCAUCCAGAUGGAAUUGUAUAAAUAGCACAAGGAUUUGGCAACUUCCGUCUAAUUUACAAGAUCAUAAGAGCGUUUCCAAUACUUUUGAGCACGAGUUUAGCUCAUCAUUUUGGCUUAAGGAGAAAAAGUCGAAGCACAAGGAAUGGUUGCCUGAUUUGCAAUUGGCCUUGAGCCAAAGUGCUGAAAACAAAGAGGAGAAGACUUGUGGAAAGAGCGUGCCAGAGAUUAACACCAUGCUUUCUCUUUCUUUAUUCCCUUACUCAUCGAGGCAAACAAACACAACCUAGAAACAAAUAGAAACUUCAUAAGUCCAUACUUAUUAAUAGAAGAAGACUAGAUAGAUACAGGAUGAGUACUUAAGAUCUGACCAUGUUCUAUAUAUAGAUAUAGAGUAUAGGAGUGAGAUCUUCAAAGUACUUACCUUAAAUGUCACAACAAUGGUCUCGUGCUUUUUUUUAUUCAUGUAAUGUAAUGUUCUGGAACGAGUUACAGCAUUUGGGUAGAACAAACAUCAAAUUAAAAGAAAAAAACAAAAAACAAAAAACAAAAAAA